GUGAUUUACCAGCAGACAUCCCAGUGGUUCAUACUGGCAGAAACAACUCCAUCUGAAUUGUGUUACCAACAAUUGUUGCGUUCGUGGCUCUUCAGGUAGAAACUUUGCCAUCCUAACCAAUGCCUUUUUCUCUUUCUAACCAGCCAGGUCCACCUGUGGAGCCAGCUGAAGACCUCUGUCCUCCUGGAUUACUUGGUUUAUGUGACAUCAGUGUGACCCGGAGUUUAUGCGGCCGUGAUCCAGCCCUGCCCGUUUUCUGCCCUUGUAUGUGCUGGUGGAACUCGGGAGCUCUUUGGAGCUGUUGUUUACGUGGAAAUUUGGAGCCAUUUUGAAUCGCUUGGAGGGGAGCAGUCGCUGCUAGCAAUGAACUCCCAAAGCCAUCCAGAUGGACUUUCUGGCCGGGACCAGCCAGUGGAGCUGCUCAGCCCUGCCCGCGUGAACCACAUGCCCAGCACAGUGGACGCGGUCACAGCACUGCCCCUGCAAGUUGCCCCUGCAGCCGUGCCCAUGGACCUGCGCCUGGACCCACCAUUCCCGCUGCCCGUGGCAGAGCCCGCCCUGCGCGAGCAGCAGCUACAGCAGGAGCUGCUGGCCCUGAAGCAGAAGCAGCAGAUCCAGCGGCAGAUCCUCAUCGCUGAGUUCCAGCGGCAGCACGAGCAGCUGUCCCGGCAGCACGAGGCUCAGCUCCACGAGCACAUCAAGCAGCAGCAGGAGAUGCUGGCCCUGAAGCACCAGCAGGAGCUGCUGGAACACCAGCGGAAGCUGGAGCGGCACCGCCAGGAGCAGGAGCUGGAGAAGCAGCACCGGGAGCAGAAGCUGCAGCAGCUCAAGAACAAGGAGAAGGGCAAGGAGAGCGCAGUGGCCAGCACCGAGGUGAAGAUGAAGCUGCAGGAGUUCGUCCUAAACAAGAAGAAAGCACUGGCCCACCGGAACCUGAACCACUGCAUCUCCAGCGACCCUCGCUACUGGUACGGGUCCAUGAAGGAGCAGCUUGAACUGGACUUCCGGCCUGAACUGUCCGCAGGCGCGACCCCGCUUCUGUCCCAUGUCUCCCUGAUACUUAGACCCCGCGUGCGGCAGUGCCCACCCCCGCUCACGUGUGUCUCCCCCGCAGACUCCGCGUGCAGCAGUGCCCCUGGCUCCGGGCCCAGCUCGCCCAACAACAGUUCCAGCAACGUCAGCUCAGAGAACGGCAUUGCGCCCACGGUCCCCAGCAUUCCGGCCGAGACCACCCUGGCGCACAGACUGGUGGCCCGCGAGGGCUCGGUAACCCAGCUCCCCCUUUACACGUCACCUUCCUUGCCCAACAUCACUUUGGGGCUUCCUGCCACCAGCCCUUCCACUGGGGCGGCCAGCCAGCAGGAUGCUGAGCGCCUAGCUCUCCCAGCUCUCCAGCAGCGGAUCCCCCUCUUCCCUGGCACCCAUCUCGCCCCCUACCUGAGCACCGCGCCCCUGGAGCGGGAUGGCGGGGCUGCGCACAACCCUCUUCUGCAGCACCUGGUCUUACUGGAGCAGCCGCCGCCGCAGACGCCCUUGGUUGCAGGCCUGGGCGCUCUGCCCCUCCACGCCCAGCCCCUGGUCGGCGCGGACCGGGUGUCCCCGUCGGUGCACAAGCUGCGGCAGCACCGCCCGCUGGGCCGCACGCAGUCGGCGCCGCUGCCCCAGAACGCGCAGGCCCUGCAGCACCUGGUCAUCCAGCAGCAGCACCAGCAGUUCCUGGAGAAGCACAAGCAGCAGUUCCAGCAGCAGCAGCUGCACGUGAGCAAGAUCCUCCCCAAGCCGAGCGAGCCGGCCCGGCAGCCCGAGAGCCACCCCGAGGAGACGGAGGAGGAGCUACGGGAGCACCAGGCCCUGCUGGAGGAGCCCUACCUGGACCGGCUGCCCGGCCAGAAGGGGGCGCACACGCUGGCCGGUGUGCAGGUGAAGCAGGAGCCCGCGGAGAGUGACGAGGAGGAGGCUGAGCCCCCGCGGGAGGCCGAGCCCGGCCAGCUCCAGGCCACUGAGCAGGAGCUGCUCUUCAGACAGCAAGCCCUCCUCCUGGAGCAGCAGCGGAUCCACCAGCUGAGGAACUACCAGGCGUCCAUGGAGGCAGCCGGCAUCCCCGUGUCCUUUGGAGGCCACCGGCCCCUGUCCCGGGCACAGUCCUCCCCGGCGUCUGCCACCUUCCCCAUGUCUGUGCAGGAGCCCCCCACCAAACCGCGCUUCACGACAGGCCUCGUGUACGACACGCUGAUGCUGAAGCACCAGUGUACCUGCGGGAACACCAACAGCCACCCCGAGCACGCCGGCCGCAUCCAGAGCAUCUGGUCGCGCCUGCAGGAGACCGGCCUGCGCAGCAAGUGCGAGUGCAUCCGCGGACGCAAGGCCACGCUGGAGGAGCUGCAGACCGUACACUCGGAGGCCCAUGCGCUGCUCUACGGCACCAACCCCCUCAACCGGCAGAAACUGGACAGUCAGAAACUUCUAGGCUCCCUCAGCUCCGUGUUCGUGCGGCUCCCAUGUGGCGGUGUCGGGGUGGACAGCGACACCAUAUGGAAUGAGGUGCACUCGUCGGGGGCGGCCCGUCUGGCCGUGGGCUGCGUGGUGGAACUCGUCUUCAAGGUGGCCACGGGCGAGCUGAAGAACGGCUUUGCGGUGGUCCGCCCCCCAGGACACCAUGCAGAGGAGAGCACGCCCAUGGGCUUCUGCUACUUCAACUCAGUGGCCAUCGCAGCCAAGCUCCUCCAGCAGAGGCUGAACGUCAGCAAGAUUCUCAUCGUGGACUGGGAUGUGCAUCACGGGAACGGGACGCAGCAGGCAUUCUACAACGACCCCAACGUGCUCUAUAUCUCCCUGCACCGCUACGAUGAUGGGAACUUCUUCCCGGGCAGUGGGGCCCCCGACGAGGUGGGCACAGGGCCCGGUGUGGGCUUCAACGUGAACAUGGCCUUUGCCGGCGGCCUCGACCCCCCCAUGGGUGACACCGAGUACCUGACCGCUUUCAGGACGGUCGUCAUGCCGGUUGCUGCUGAGUUCUCCCCGGACGUGGUGCUGGUGUCGUCAGGCUUUGACGCGGUGGAGGGUCACCCCACGCCCCUUGGAGGCUACAACCUCUCCGCCAAAUGUUUCGGGUACCUGACGAAGCAGCUGAUGGGCCUGGCUGGCGGCCGCAUCGUGCUGGCCCUGGAAGGCGGCCACGACCUGACGGCCAUCUGUGACGCCUCGGAAGCCUGCGUUUCUGCCCUUCUGGGGAACGAGCUUGACCCUCUCCCCGAGAAGACUCUACAGCAGAGAUGCAAUGCCAAUGCCGUCCGGUCCAUGGAGAAGGUCAUUGAGAUCCACAGCAAGUACUGGCGCUCCCUGCAACGUGCCGCCUCGACCGUGGGGUACUCGCUGGUGGAGGCCCAGAAGUGUGAGAAUGAGGAGGCCGAGACGGUCACCGCCAUGGCCUCGCUGUCUGUGGGCGUCAAGUCGGCUGAGAAGAGACCAGACGAGGAACCAAUGGAGGAGGAGCCGCCCCUGUAGCCCUGCUCCGAAGCUGCUCUUCUCUUGUUCGUUCGUCUGUCUUGAAGCUCAGCCAGAAAAUGUCCUGUGUCCGCCUGCAUUCUGCCGGGUGUUCUCAGAACACGAGAGGCUGCCGGCUGUGAGCAGCACCGGGAGCCUUUUCUGCUGCACAGACCACAGAUCUCGAGACGCACAGGCCGAGGUGUGGCCGCCCACUCGGGACACGGGACAGACGCCGCGACGAGCAGACACACAGACGCGCAGGGCGCUCGGCGCCAGCGUGGGGAUCGCCGGGGGAAGGAGGCGACAGCAACUUGCGGUGGAGUUGUCCAAUUUAGCUGACACGAGAAAGAGAAAAUCAAAGCUCUAACAGUACAAAACAGACUUGGUUAAAACUGGUGCUUAACAUUUGAUUACUACCCACCGUUCCACGAUCUCCGUGUAAACCACUCGACUCAUCUUGUAGCUUGUUUUUUUUUUUAAAGAAAGUUUUCUAGGGCUCUGGCCUGCCUCUGUGAACCACAUCAGGUGCGGUGGGGGUUUGCAGCGGGUGGGGGACAGAGUGGACGAACCUUUCAAAUAAAAACUGGACAAGAGCAGAAACGUGAGCCCGGGGGAGCAGCUUUAGUUUCUGGAAGCCAUCGGAAGAUGCGAGUUUGUGCCUUUUUUUUAAUUGCUCUGGUGGAUUUUUGUGGCUGGGUUUUCUGAAGUCUGAGGAACAAUGCCUUAAGAAAAAAUAAACAGCAGGAGUCAGCGGGAUAUUUCCUCUGGCCGGUGAGGCCGCGGGGCGCCCGGCAAGCCGGUAGCCACCUGCCAGCAUCUUCAGGAGGGGCCGCAAGCCAGGACACCCUCAUCUUGCUUUAUCGCUGUUUAAGAGAAAUGGAGGUGGUUGCCAAAAAAAGUGGCAAAUACUGUUGGGGAUUUUGAAGUCCAGCGAAUUUUAAAUGAAUCCAAAGUGUUCUUUCUCGCACGUCGUAGGACAAUUGAGCAUCUCCCAUUCGAUUGUUAAGCAUGUCCCAGGCACUCUGCAGUGUUACGACCGGAAUGCUUUUUAUGAAAAGCAGGUAGCAUGAAGUAUUGCUUAAAUUUUAGGUAUAAACAUAUAUAUAUAUAUAAAUAUAUAUAUAUAUGUCUGUGUAUAUAUAUAUAUAUA